GUGUGCAUGUGUGGGAGCGUGUGUCUGUGUGUGCCGUGUGUGUACGCGCGCGCGCCGGUGUGUGUGGCGGGGGCGGGCUCUGCGCCCGGGGGCAGGGCUCCGCAGUGAGAGUGGCAGCUGGACUUGCCAGGCUGCGAGGGGCAGGGCACAGAGCCGCAGUGCCGUAGUAGCGGGCCACGGAGAUAGACGGCUUUGGAGCUGCUGAACUCCGAGCACAGGGUGAAGACCCCGGCGCUACCAACCACAGCCUGGCAGCCUGGUCUCCGCGGCCCCCACUCGGUCUGCAUCCCCCUCCCCCGAGAGGGCUGCGCAGGCGGGAAGACGCCCAGAGGCCAGCUUCGGUCCCCCUUCUGUCUCUCGGUUCCUCUUUCCUCCCAAGUAAGGGAAUAAACCGCGAAGAAGGAGCGCCCCGGGCCACCGCGCAACCAAGUGUUGCCUGGUGAGGAAGAGCCAGGACUUCUGAAUUUACCUUGAAUACAGACAGGAGGAUGUUGCCUAAGGAAUAGCAGAGAUCUUGUCUCAUCUUCUGAGAGGUGCCUGCUGCUGCUGUAUACACUUGAGUGCCCCCAGAAGUCUCCUGAAAGGCUUACAUCGCAAACCUGCAAUGAGCCAGGCCCUGGGCUGGGCCUCCACUUCAGCCUAGUGAGCAAAACUCCAUCACUGCCCUUUAGCCACUCACACAAAGUUUAAAAAUGGGUGAAGAACGGUGGGUCUCCCUCACUCCAGAAGAAUUUGACCAACUCCAGAAAUAUUCAGAAUAUUCCUCCAAGAAGAUAAAAGAUGUCUUGACUGAAUUUAAUGAGGGUGGGAGCCUCAAACAAUAUGACCCACAUGAGCCGAUUAGCUAUGAUGUCUUCAAGCUGUUCAUGAGGGCGUACCUGGAGGUGGACCUUCCCCAGCCACUGAGCACUCACCUCUUCCUGGCCUUCAGCCAGAAGCCCAGACACGAGACCUCUGACCACCCGACGGAGGGAGCCAGCAACAGUGAGGCCAACAGCGCAGAUACUAAUAUACAGAAUGCAGAUAAUGCCACCAAAGCAGACGAGGCCUGUGCCCCUGAUACUGAAUCAAAUAUGGCCGAGAAGCAAGCACCAACUGAAGACCAAGUGGCUGCGACCCCCCUGGAACCCCCUGUCCCUCGGUCUUCAAGCUCAGAAUCCCCAGUGGUGUACCUGAAGGAUGUUGUGUGCUACCUGUCCCUGCUGGAGACGGGGAGGCCUCAGGAUAAGCUGGAGUUCAUGUUUCGCCUCUAUGAUUCAGAUGAGAACGGUCUCCUGGACCAAGCGGAGAUGGAUUGCAUUGUCAACCAAAUGCUGCAUAUUGCCCAGUACCUGGAGUGGGAUCCCACAGAGCUGAGGCCUAUAUUGAAGGAGAUGCUGCAAGGGAUGGACUACGACCGGGACGGCUUUGUGUCUCUACAGGAAUGGGUCCACGGAGGGAUGACCACCAUCCCAUUGCUGGUCCUCCUGGGGAUGGAUGACUCUGGCUCCAAGGGGGAUGGGCGUCACUCCUGGACCAUGAAGCACUUCAAGAAACCAACCUACUGCAACUUCUGCCAUAUCAUGCUCAUGGGCGUCCGCAAGCAAGGCCUGUGCUGCACUUACUGUAAAUACACUGUCCACGAACGCUGUGUUUCCAAAAACAUUCCUGGUUGUGUCAAAACGUACUCAAAAGCCAAAAGGAGUGGUGAGGUGAUGCAGCACGCAUGGGUGGAAGGGAACUCCUCCGUCAAGUGUGACCGGUGCCACAAAAGUAUCAAGUGCUACCAGAGUGUCACCGCGCAGCACUGCGUGUGGUGCCGGAUGACGUUUCACCGCAAAUGUGAAUUAUCAACGUUGUGUGACGGUGGGGAACUCAGAGACCACAUCUUACUGCCCACCUCCAUAUGCCCCAUCACCCGGGACAGGCCAGGUGAGAAGUCUGAUGGCUGCGUGUCCGCCAAGGGCGAACUUGUCAUGCAGUAUAAGAUCAUCCCCACCCCGGGUACCCACCCCCUGCUGGUCUUGGUGAACCCCAAGAGUGGAGGGAGACAAGGAGAAAGAAUUCUUCGGAAAUUCCACUAUCUGCUCAACCCCAAACAAGUUUUCAACCUGGACAAUGGGGGGCCUACUCCAGGGUUGAACUUUUUCCGUGAUACUCCAGACUUCCGUGUUUUGGCCUGUGGUGGAGAUGGGACAGUUGGCUGGAUUUUGGAUUGCAUUGAUAAGGCCAACUUUGCAAAGCAUCCACCAGUGGCUGUCCUGCCUCUUGGAACAGGAAAUGACCUUGCCCGUUGUCUCCGCUGGGGAGGAGGUUAUGAAGGGGGAAGCUUGACAAAAAUCCUGAAAGACAUUGAGCAGAGCCCCUUGGUGAUGCUGGACCGCUGGCAUCUGGAAGUCAUCCCCAGAGAGGAAGUGGAAAACGGGGACCAGGUCCCAUACAGCAUCAUGAACAACUAUUUCUCCAUCGGUGUGGACGCUUCCAUUGCACACAGAUUCCAUGUGAUGAGAGAGAAACAUCCUGAAAAAUUCAACAGCAGGAUGAAGAACAAACUGUGGUACUUUGAAUUUGGCACCUCGGAGACUUUUGCAGCGACCUGCAAGAAACUCCACGACCACAUUGAGUUGGAGGUGCAUCCAAGAGAAGAGGACAUCAGCGUCCAGCAGACCCCAGGCUUCUCCCAUCUCCUCUACUUGCCCUAUCUACAUGGGACCCACUGCGGUAAUAGGGGAAGGGGACAACCUAGAAAGCAGAGUGAGGAUUGUCUGCUCUUCCAGGAAGAGUGUGAUGGGGUUGGGGUGGACCUGAGCAACAUCUUCCUGGAAGGCAUUGCCAUUCUCAACAUUCCCAGCAUGUACGGAGGCACCAAUCUCUGGGGAGAAAACAAGAAGAACCGGGCUGUGAUCCGGGAAAGCAGGAAGGGUGUCACUGACCCCAAAGAACUGAAAUUCUGCGUUCAAGACCUCAGUGACCAGCUCCUUGAAGUGGUGGGGCUAGAAGGAGCCAUGGAGAUGGGGCAGAUCUACACCGGCCUGAAGAGUGCAGGCAGGAGGCUGGCCCAGUGCUCCUCUGUCACCAUCAGGACAAACAAGCUGCUGCCAAUGCAAGUGGAUGGAGAACCCUGGAUGCAGCCAUGUUGCACGAUUAAAAUUACUCACAAGAACCAAGCGCCCAUGAUGAUGGGGCCUCCCCAGAAGAGCAGCUUCUUCUCGUUGAGAAGGAAGAGCCGUUCAAAAGACUAAACAGUGUGCCAAACACCAGCUAAACCAAGAGAGAAAGCAAGAAACUAUAAUGCACACUCACAUGCACACAUUUAUGUGCACACUCACACAUGCACACACACACACACAUACACACUCUUCUCUAACCAGUGGAAGCAAAGCCACCCUUCGGGAAGAAAACGUCACCUUGCCAUACAUUCUGUUUCAACAGUGGGUACACCCCUAACAGAGCCAGUGCCAACAAAACAUUUUGAAUGGACUUAGGGCCCAUGAGGUUGUGGCUGGCUUAGGCAGCAACCUCCACAUUCCCACAGGCCUUGAGUAGAAGUUUCUGAGACUGAAGGGAAAUGCCCCUUUCUUUCUACCAGCCCUGCAAGUUUCCUCACGGACGCUCGUGAGGAGCAGGCUGCAGGUUUCCUGCCUAUGGUGAGAUCAGAUGUGGCCAAGGGAAAGAGCUCUGGUUCCAGAGAAUUUGCACAAAGGUCCCUCUGUACAGAGACAAAACGGCCGCCGGCUCUCAGAGCAUAAUCCUUGGCAGGGCUCAGCAGGCGCACGUUGGUUUCUUGGUCGUCCUUUGAGUGACAACUUCUCCCUGAACCUGCUGAAGAGGCAGAAAGGCCGUGGAAAGCUGUAUUUCCAUUCUUGGGUUUCUGCGCCGUCAGUGGGCACUUGUUAUUUUCCCGGAACCUUCUCCUGGUGUCUAUGUGUUUGUUUAGAGGCGGCUCCAAGAGCCCCCAGAGCUGCCUGCAUAGCACACCUUAGAUGUGGUAUUUAUUUUCUUAGUUCUGUGAACACCUGGGAGGGAAAGCGGAGAAACUGGGAUUUAUUUUUCAAAUUGGUGUCAUAAUAUUGUGUAAAAAGGGAAGGAAAAAAAAAACCACCCCCAGCUUCUUUCUUUUUCAAGCCAAAGCGUGUUUCCUGUUUGAGUUCCAAGCCCUGGUGGCAGACUAUUCCUGAAGGCAGAAAAGAUGGGAAGGAAGGAACUUUGCUGGGGAAACCAGGAGACGGUUCCCUCCUGCUUCUUUGCACUCACCACUCCCAGAGUAUGACCUGAAGGACCUUCUGAUGGUCUUAUGUGUGUGUGUGCGUGUGUGUGUGUGUGCGUGUAUAUAUAUAUAUAUAUAUUUAGCCUAUAUAUUUAUAUAUAUAUAUAUAUUUAUUUACUGAUGGACUUUUCCUGAUUGGAAAAAAAAAAAAACAUAGGUAGUAUGAGACAGAAAGUGGUAAGGAAAAAGAAGGUUCUCACUCCCCCACUCCACCAUUUCAUUGUCAGGACGCAUCUCCCUGCGGUGAUCACAAGGGUUAAGGGGAAUGAAAGUAGCUCCCUAUUAUGAAUGAAGAGACCGAGAACUCCUAUUCUGGAUCCUCAAAACAAGCAUGAAAGACUUGCUGGGCUGGAUUUACUCUCCCAUUUGUCAGAUAAGAAAACUGAGUCUCAGAAAAGUUCAGAGACUUUUCCAUGGUGUCUUGGCUAAUGCAGCUUGAGAGUAAGUGCCGUUACAAAGAUAUUUAAUGGAGAAAAGAACCCACACAUCUCAGAGUAGGGUCAUUUCUGGUCACUGAAAAGUGAGUCCACUUGGAUCCAGGUUGCCAGGGAGGAACAAACGUACAGCACAUGCGUGGAUGGGAUAUCCCCACACAAGAAAACGAGCGCCUCAUGCUGCUUCCCAGAGGUUCUCUCUGACCUGAAUGGAAAAGAAGUUGGUCUGAGAUCGAAGGUACUAAACAGAUCAUCAGACUGAACUCUCCACAUGUCACCUCAUCAUGGUCAUCAUAGUCUCUUAGUUUGGAAACAACCUUGGCUGCAGGGAUGACCUCAGUGGAGAGUCACAAGAAGGACUGAGGCGUCUUCUGCAAGAUACUGCCAGCCAGGACAGAGGGGUCUCAGCAGAGCUCAGUGGGCUUCAUUCAGCAAGUGCCAGCAUUACCAUCCUUUCCCAAGGGCAAGGCCAUGCAGAGCUUCAUUGGGCCUCCAUCCCUCUCUGAGAUUUAUCAGUGGAAACUUGGACCCACUUGAUAUCACUCCACUGAGCUGCCUCUAAUCUCCUUGCAUUGGACAGGAGCUUUGGACAAAGAAGGGAAUAUUAAGAUUGUGUGUACAAAUGGCACUUAACUGUGAAGGACCAUCUAGGAGCAAGAUCUUGGACCAUUCUGCUCAACCUAACAGUGCAGAAUGCUAAGUAAAGGGAAAACCAGGCCACCUGAAGAAUAUCUUUAAUGAUGGUAUUCUUGGUGAUGGGACCAACAAGCUCCAGAAUUACUACAGGUACUAUCUUGGAAGCCACUUGAUUCUGAAACUGAGGCAGGUUCAGGUUUGGGGUCACUGAUUCUAAGACAUUUACAGAAGUUCGUGCAUGUGUUUCAGCCAUGAUCCCCAAGAUUGAGGCUAUUGAGACAUGGCACUAUCAACAGGUGAAAUUGAUUCUCAGAGACUCACAGGUCUCAUGAAGGGGCUGUGCAGAAGAUGGCCCUUACCUGCUGUACCCUAGUGCACAGGACUUGCAAUGUUGCUUGAGAGACAUAUCCCAAGUCCUUCUUAGAGGCAUGGAGUAUAACAACUUCCGUGGAAUUGCACUUCCAGUUUGGUAACCUUAGUAAAUCUUGUGGUGUUGUUUAAUCGUGCCUUGCAAAUCAUCCUUUAAACACUAUGACUGUGGUUUCUUGUUGUGGAGUCCCUCAUCAUAGUGACCCUCAUAGCAACCUCUGAGGUUAGCAGAGAAGGUAUUAUUAUCUCAAUCUCAAUGAGGAGAACAAGGCUUAAUGAGGUUUAGUGACUUCUCAAAGCCGCAUGGUUAGUCAGGGGAGAACCUAAUCCCUUAUUUCUUAUCUUAUUCUGAUUCUGGCCAUGCUACAAACAUGUUCUCACCUGCCCCCCAUGCUUCUACCCCAACAGCAAUAAAAACUGUAAAGCAGGAA